AUGUCAAAUAUUCUCGUUGUUACUAGCCCUGGCGGCAGACAGUGCUCACAUCUCCUCCCACUUCUCAGCUCGAGCAACAGCAACUUCAAUCUUCGGCUGGCUGCUCACUCCAAGAACUCAGCUUCCAAGCUUCAAACGAAGUAUCCCGAUGCCGAAGUUGUAGUUGUUGAUCUCGUGUCACUUUCCGACUGUCGUGAGCUGGUUAGAGGCGCAAGCGUCGUAUUUCACGUUGGCCCUAGCAUCCAUUCCCGCGAGCGAGAGAUGGGCUUCAACAUGAUCGACGCCGCCACUGCAGAAUUACAAACCCCUGGGAAUCGGUUGAGGCAUUUCGUGUUCUCCAGCGUGCUGAGCACUCAACAUCGCAAGCUCAUGCAGCAUGAUUUGAAGAGCUACGUGGAGGAGCGUUUGAUGCUUAGUCCUGUUCCAUGGACAAUAUUGCAACCCACGAACUUCAUGGAUGCAUAUCCUGUCACUCAAUUGCUCAAGAUGGACACACCAGUGAUGGAGCGAUUGUGGGACCCCGACGUUGCCAAUAGUGUCAUUGCUUUACGGGAUCUUGCGGAAGCAGCAACCAAAGUCUUGACCGAAGGCAAGAUACACUACUACGCGCAGUAUCCGUUAUGCAGCACAACGCCAAUAUCAGAUGCGACUAUAGCCCGUAUCAUCAGCAAGCAUAUUGACAAGGAAGUAGUGGUUAAUAAGCCCUCUUUCGAGAAAGGGGUCGACAAGCUCAUGAGCUUGCUAUUCGGACACAUCAAAACAGAGGUUGAUGGUGCACACUCAGGGUUUGGUAUCACUGGUAAUAAGGGGGACCUGAGAACUGACAUCAGCAAAGAUGAAGCCGAGAGACUCAUCUUGUUCUACAACAGAUAUGGAUUGGUUGGGAAUCCUAACGUACUGAAGUUGCUUUUGGGACAUGAACCAACCAGUGUGGAGGAAUGGGUCAAAGGCCAACUCGCAGGGGUGGGACUUGAGUAG